AUGUUGAACUCAACAACUGUGACAGUCAAGGAGCACAGGGUUGCAGACCCAGUCAAAACCCAGGGCAAGCACAUCACACAGCUCCUUGCCUUAUGCAAAGAAACCAAUGACUUUGUGUCCAACAAGGAUCAAGCAAAGCCUGGACCAACAGCUGGGCCUACCACCCCUCCAAAUCAACAAGGGGUCCAAGCCAACACUCCAAGAAUGGUUAGGCCUGGCCUUGCAGACCCCUUCCAGCCCAUCAGAAGAUCCAGAACCUACAACUCAGACACAGAGGAUGAGCAGCCAAGAAGGAUCAAGAAGGAGCCUUGCACAAUGUCUAGGGGUUUAAUGUCCCUUACCCCAUUUGCCAAGGAGGGAUGGAAGGCCACACAAUGGCUAGACAGGAUGCUCCUCUGGGUGGCCCUACAUUGCCACCAAUUUGACAAGGAAGAGCAGAUGGUAAACAUCAUUAAGGGAAAAGGGUCUACCCUCAAGACCAUCCAAGCCCUGGGAGCUCAAUUUAAGGAAGCCUUUGCUAAUCCAGAUGCCAAGCAAGCUGCAGCAUCAGAAUUAGAUUGGAACAAGGAGGCAUAUAUUGCCCAGUUCACACAUGGCCUUCAUCAGAUAGUUAAGGAACUCCUAUCCACAAAAGACAACAUCCCCAAGGAACUGGAGACUGUUUUUGCUGUGGCAAUCAAAAUUGGUAACACAUGCUGUGAAAACAAAGAGAACUGCCCAAAAAAGGCUGAAACCCUGGGCACUUCAACCACUUCCACAUCCACUACUACCACUCAUCAGGUCCACCUAUUGGAGGACCCCAACUAUGUCACCCUGGAGGAAAGGGAUUGCCAAUGGGCAUCAGGCCUAUGUGUCAAAUGUGGUCAGAAGAGCCAUGGGAUCAAGCAAUGCCCUUACAGAUGGAAGGCCACCAUCAAGGAGACCACCAAGGUGGCUGAGGACAAGUUGGGAAAAGAAUAA